ACAGUCGUCCAUUUCAGUUGAAGGACAUCUGUCUUUUUCUCACUCUGUUUAAUUUAAGAUGUGAUUGUGUAUGUACAAGUGUUCAUAUCUUUGUAAAGGUUACUGCAGGUUGCUUAGUGCUUGCCUAAUAAGGAGUGAUUUGCUGUGCUUGACUAAUCUAUGGACUCUCCGAUUGAGCAACUGGAGACUGAAAAUACAGAAAGAUCAGGAGAGGAAAAAGAAAGAAAGAGAGGGAGAAUUACGGAGACAACACAAAGCAGCACAAAGCAUAAAGGCAGAAAUCAGCAUAAUAGGAGGCGGGUAGACAUACAGUGGUUGGAUAUAGAGUAUUGUAAUAUAUAACAGGAAGUUGCAUGUUAAGACUAAAUGUGGUCAGGCAUUCGCUUGCCAGAUUCUGGCGGGGUGAAGAUCAAAACUGCUUCAAAAAAUUGACACUCACUCCAAAAGGAGUAUUAAAUAGAUAGAGUUCUGCCUACAAUGGUGGAGGUGCAGAGAUAAUGUCUGUUGAGGAGAAAAAGUGGGUGCUUAUAGAUGUAUGAGAAGGUAAGAGGCUACCUGUGGAGACGUGGUGGUUCAAUUAUGGGAGUCAAAUGCAGGGCUUGUGUGGCCAUCGUACUCAUCGUCCUUUUGUUUGGCUCCUUGUGGCUAUAUGGAAGUCUGGAACAUCAGUGGGAUACUUGUUUGAAGAUUUAUACUUCAAACAAAAAGUUUCCUUCUUUGAACAAGACUAAUAUCUCAGAAGAAGGCGAGGCUCCACUGAUACUGUGUCCUGGUCAGAGAUUUCAAGUUGCUGAAUUGCUGGCUCACUUGCAGACUGCACCAGUCUCAGCCAAUGAUGUGCUGCUAAAGCCGUAUCUGGCCAGCUGGGAUGAACUUAUCAAGUUUAUGGAAGCCUUGGGACCAAUGGUUGGCUUAAUAUCUCAAGAAAUUGAAUCAAAGACUUCCAUCAUUCGUGGUCUGGCUCGAAAAGCAGAGGCAGAAGCAGAGAAGAGAAAAAUAUUGACUAUGGAGAGAGACUCAGGCAUAAUUGUAUCUCAUAUAUCUCAUAACAGAAAUUCUUCUAAAACCGAUCUUAAAGUAUCAGGUGACACAUUUGGUUACACCUCCAUUCGGUCUAUGAUUAAGUGGGAGCUUGAGAAUGAUUUGGUGGACUUUCACAAAUUUACGGACUCAGGAUGCAGGAAUCUGCUGCGUCUGCAUCGUGCUCUUUUGUGGCUGCAAAGCUUCCUGCUGGAGCUUUCGAAGGGUGGGGCUGAAGGAGAGCCUCUGCGAAAGCCUUCUGACCUCUGCAAAGAGACGUACCAGCGUACACUGUCCAAGCAUCAUACCUGGUGGGUGAGAAGAGCAGCGGAGCUGGCCUUUAUCGCAAUGCCUGAAAGACCUUAUUUUUACAAGUUGGUGUGCGUGGACACGCAAGCGGAAGCAACUGUGGUGCUGGACAGGGUAGUGAGAGCCAUAGGAGAAGUGUACGAUAGGACUGAAGUAGCCCUAAAGGAACACAAAAUGCUGGAUCUACCUUGAAGUGAAAAGGGACAAAUAAGCAAAUAAAGUGGAUAAGAAAUAUUAGGACCAAACCGACCAUUGAUGAAGCAUGCAGUAUGUAAGUGGGACCAUCUUGAGGUCAAUAAACAUAAAACCAAGAAUGAAGAAACCUAUGUAUACAGUUAGUAUACAUAACAGUUGACAGGAUGUUAAAAACAAGAUUGGGACUUUUGAACCCUUUUGAGACAUUAAAGGGAUAGUUUACCUUAAAAUGAAAAUUCUGUCAUUAUUUACUCAUCCUCAUGUUGUUCUAAACCUGUAUGAGUUUCUUUUUUCUGAUGAACACAAAAGAAGAUAUUUUUAGAAAUGAUGGUUAAUACACUGCAGAUAGUGACCAUUGACUUCCAGAGUAGGAAAAUAAAAAUUUGUAAGUAUUGUGAUAAAUGAUGAAGAUAUAUUUUCAUAAAUGAUGGUAUGCACACAGUUGAUGGUACCCAUUUUUAAAUUACAUCAUAUUUUUUAUUCCUACUAUGGAAGUCAAUGGUCACUAUCUGCUGUGUUUACCAUUAGCCUAUUUCUCAAAAUAUCUUCUUUUGUGUUCAUCAGAAAAAAGAAAUUCAUAUAGGGUUAGAACUACAUAAGGAUAAGUAAAUGAUGACAGAAUUUUCAUUUUAAGGUGAACGAUCCCUUUAAAUCAUACAGUUGCUGGAUAAAAGUGAGAUCCAGAAAUUCACAGAUUUGUUUUUUGUUAGGUAUAUUACAAAUUUACUUAAUGUCAGUUAUCUUUAAAAAUGUAAAAAUAAAGUAAAAAAAAACAGGAAUGAGCUUUGAAAUGAUUUGUGAGUGAAAGAGGUAAAGAAAAAACAAAAACAGGCUUGCUGGUAAAACCACUUAACAAGGUUUAACUUAUUGUUAAUCAAUACUUCAGCUGUGAAAUUCCUGGUUGGGUGGUUUAUAUAAAGUGCUUUUUGUCUAAAGAGAACAUAAUAAGGUGCUCAAUUUACCUCAUAUUGAAUUACAUUCGUACUUUCAGAAUGGAAUACAUAAAAAACUGUUUAUAUAAAAUCUGUAGAAAAAUAAAGACUUGAUAUAUCUGGA